GCACAUGGUUGUGGCGGAGGAGGACGUGUGCUGUGCAGAGUCUGAGCCGUCACUGCGUGCAUCAUGGUGACCCGCACCAGCCAGCUCCUGGCUCUCAUUCACCAGCAUCUCCUGCAGAAUGGAUACGGCAGGACAGCUAGAGAGCUGCAGAUAGAGAGCGGAGAGCAGUUCAUUUCACAGACGGCGUCUCUCAAACAGAUCUUCAGGCACUGGAACACGAAAGACCAGAAGAGGAAGGGCAGCAAUGAGAGCGAUGCCCCGAGCAAGAAACCACGGUUGCAGGAUCCCGUCAGCUCUUCUGAAUCUUCCGAUGAGGAGGAUAAUGCUCAUCCAAAAGGAGCAGAUCUGGUGGUCCAAGGCAAAAAGGACUCUAUCAAGAAGGCAGGCAAGCUCAAAACGAAAUCUUCCACACCCAAGAAAAUGAAUUCUGCUAAAAAGUCGGCAUCAAAAGGGAAAGGCACCACUAAAACGGGAGCAGCAUCCCUAAAUCUCAAGCCUGUGGCUCACGAAACUCCUGUAACACUGGCAAAAAGCAGCGAAGACUCUGAUAGUGAGGAUGAGACCGUUCCAUCCAAAGCUACUCCGGUACUUGAAAGACCUUUAAAGUCUACCCCAGCAGAAGUCGUAAAGAGCAAGACUUCAUUAUCUACUGACUCUCGGGCAGCAUGGCAUGACAAGAGCGUGCCUGCUAAAACGACAACUACAAAACCCCUUAAACCCCUUUCAUCCUCCAAUGGGAAAGCCAUGGCUAAAGAGGACAGCAGUGAGACUUCUGAGAGCAGCGAUGAAACAGACAUUGAGAAACCACCAGUGACUGUGACUCCAAACAUCACUACUCAAUCUGUAUCCAAGUUAAAAACAAAAACUCCCUCUACUGGGACACAACCAAAGGAAGAUAGUUCAGAGAGUAGUGAAUCAGAAAGUGAGGAGGAGCCAGGAUCACAGACGCUAACCCCAGCGACUUUUCAGGUGAAAGCCAUCACACCAUCACCCAAGACCUCAGCAGCAAAGUUGAAAGCCACAAAGAAGAAUGCCAUAACCAAAGCUGCACCUGUGGCCCCAGCCUCCCAGAGCGGCAGUGCAGUAGGAAAACCGCCUGCUAAGACAAUGGUAGAUGAGACCAGUGAGGACUCGGACAGUGAUGAAGAGUUGGUGCCAUUGACUCCCAUCCCUACAGCUCCAAGUAGUGUUCAGGCAUCAAAGCAAAAGUUGCAAAUGCAGCCCACUGUGCCAAAGCCUAGCUCAGAUGAGAGUUCAACAAGUAGCGAGACAGAAAGUGAAGAGGAACCCGUAAGACAGAAGAUGCCAUUGGCAGAAGUUGCAGCUUCACAAGACAAAGUAGACCCACCAGUGACUGUGUCACAGAGCAAACCAGCAAAGAGCGACUGUAAUGACGCAAGUGCAGAUACAGUCGUUGCUGUUGUGUCCGAGAAAAGUGCUUCCCUAGGGAAAACCCAGAGCCCUGCCAAGGCAGAAGUGUCUGAGACCAGUGAUUCCUCAGACAGUGAGAAGGAACCAGAGAACCAGAAGACAACUGCAUCACCAAAGAAGAGUGUGACCCCUGCGACUCAGGCAAAGGUUUCUAGUGCUCACGCUUCCAAGCCGAGCACAGUUGUACCAGCAGCAGCUGAGGGGUCAGAGAGCAGUGACUCCUCUGACAGUGAGUCGGAGGCGCCCAAGAACCAGAAGACAACUGCAUCGCCAAAGAAGAGUGUGACCCCUGCGACUCAGGCAAAGGUUUCUAGUGCUCAGGCUUCCAAGCAGAGCACAGUUGUACCAGCAGCAGCUGAGGGGUCAGAGAGCAGUGACUCCUCUGACAGUGAGUCGGAGGCGCCCAAGAAAGCUGCCAACAAUUUCCCAAAGGUAAUUGUGAGGACACCGGUCCCAAGUACAAAACGGCCUGUAGCGACUUCACAUUUAGCAAAGGCCAGAACCCCUCUGCCUGCCCCUGCAGAUGACACUUCUGAAACGGAAGACUCUGAUCAUGAAGAGAAGCCGGCGGCCAAGAAAACUGCAAGUCAGCUUUCAGCAUCCAGUUUGAAAACACCGUCCACCAGUGCAAAACAACCCGUGACGCCAUCUCACCCAGCGAAUGCAGUUGCUGGAAAGUCAAGAUACUUACAGAAGACGACAGUUGCAGAUGAUUCUUCAGAAACAGAAGACUCUGAUAGCGAGGAGGAUGAAGGGGCAAAGAAAACUGGCAGUAAACUUCCAGCAUCAAGUGUGAAGACACCACCCACAGGGCGCAAACAGCCUGUAACAUUGGCUGCACAUACAACUCCACUGCCUGCAGAUGACAGCUCGGAAACGGAGGAUUCAGAUAGCGAUGAAUCGCUUCCCAAGGCACCACCAGGAAUUGUAACCCCAAAGCAGAAGCCCAUAGCUAAAUCUACAGCUGUGACCCCAGCGUCACAAGCCAGUGUUGCAGCAGUGAGGACUCCUGCCAAGACGGCAGCUGAUGAGAGCAGCGAGGACUCUGAUAGUGAUGAAGAGCCUAGCUCUUCUAUAAAAGCUCCAGUUCCAACAAUCAGUCCAUCGGUUAGACCAUCUGAAUCAAUCACUGCACGUGUCCCAGACUCUGAUGCUGACUCUGAAAGCAGCGACUCUGAAGAGAAAACGCCUACUGUAGGCACUACAAAACCGAGCAAGCCAGCCCUUGCUGCCAAAGGGAAACCAGGAAUUUCUGCAACUUUACAACCAGAUGAAGAAAGCAGUUCAGAUGACAGUGACUCUGACUCGGACACAAAUGAGCAUGUACAAUCUGCUAUACAAACACCGAAAACAAAAGUUGCAUCACAUAAUAAAACUGCAGCAACCCCAUCGCCAGCACCACUUAGUGCUACCAAAGAGAAGACUCCUGGAUCCAGGAAAGCCAGAGUUGCCCAAAACCCAUCAACUGACACUUCUGAAACCAUCGACUCCUCAGAUUAUGACAAUCCUCUGCCUGCUCAGACAUUAAAGGGUUCCUUCGUACCUCAAAAAAGAACAGUAAAGCGGUCACUGCAACCCGGAACUGCAGUCAAAAGCAAGAAAGGGAGUCCUGUCAAGGCUGUAACAGACACCAUGAAGGAGAGCUCGGGCAGCAUCAAAGAGGAUCAAAAAACAGAUGUACGUGCUUUGCCAAAGCACAAGAUGUCUACAGCUAUUUCUCUAUUGACGUCCACUCCAUCUGGAGACUCCCCAUCCAAGGGUAAAGCAGGGUUGCCCAUGAAGAGUCAAAAAGCAGUGAUGACAGCCCAAGCGUUGGUCAAAGAGAGCAGUGAAUCUGAGAGCCAUGGGAAGGUCACUGAACAGGUUGGAACACCAGCCCCAAAAAGAAACCGCUCUGUAGCUAAAACACCAAAAGCAUCCAAAGAGAAAACUGUAAAGCCUGCAAGUCGCGGUAAAACUUCUGUUGCGCUGCCUGCAAAGGUGUCAAGCGAGUCUUCCGAAAGUAGCUCCUCGGGCGAGAAGGCAGCUAAGGCUACAAAGCAGACACCAACCGUGCAAACUAAACUGGAAAAGUUCUUCACUAAGCACAGCAUUACUCCAGCAAAGACCAAGGCCAAAACCACUGCUAGUCUGCUUAAGGCAUUCCUUACAGACUCGGAUGAGACAUCAGACGAUGAGGAGAAGCCUGUGGAGGAAGCGACACCUGCACCAGACGCCCCUAAAACAUCACGUGGAAAGCAUAAGGAGAGACUGGACUCAUCCAGCCUUGCAACUUCAAGGACCAAGGCAAAAAUGGCGUGUCUUCUAUCCAGCCCCAAGGCUACAAAUAAUGAUAGCAAAGUUUCAGGAGAUGUUCCCAGUAAACCAACCGCAUCUGGAGAAGAGGAUGAUUCUGCAGAUAAUAGUGAGCCAGAAGAAUCUCAGAGUCUUCUUCAAGCAAAAACUCCUUCAAAACCUUUAUCAACGAAACGUAAGCAAGACAAAGAAGAUAAGACUGCUUUGGCUGAUGAAAGUAUUGCACAUUCAAGUAAAAAGAAGCACAGAGUUAAAACCCAGCCUUCAACAAAGUCCUCUCUCGCUUCUCCAGCCACCCCAGGAGCUUUGCUGGAUUCUGAAGAGGAGACUGUUAUGGCCUUGUUGGAAGGACGGAGUCCCAAAAAGUCAAGAAAAAAUCCCUCUAAAAAGACUGUAGCGGCAACUCUGGUUGUAGCAUCUUCAACACCAACAGUACAAGAUAGUAAUGUCCUUGAGAAGAGUCUACCACCACCUGUCCCUGAGAGUCCAAGCUCGGUACACAAAGGGGACAAGACUCUUGAUGCAAAAUCCCCUGGUGUCACAGAACUCAGCCAUUUGUCUGCAAAGAAAGAGAAGCGUAGCAAGAAGCGCAAGAGUUCCCCUGAGGAUGGACUCUCCAAACAGAAGCAUAAGAAGGCAAAGAAGGAGAAGAAAGAUAAGAAAGUCAAAGACACCAGCAUAACUGGAGAGGCUGCCAGGCCUAAACCAUCCAAAAAGGAGAAGAAAUCUGAAAAGAGCAAGAAAAAAAACGAUAAAAAACAAAAGAAAAACGAAAGCGAGAAACUAUCACAAAGUCUAAUUGCUCCAGUUGGAGAGUCAACAGAUUCUGGAGUCAGCCUCCAGUCGAAACCCAAGAAAAAGAAGAAGGUAAAGGGUGACUAAACGGCUGACUGAAGUCCUCGUAGAAACUAAGAACUUCACUGGAUGGAAGAUUUAUUUCCAAGCUGUUAUAUUUGAUAUGUAUUUUGUCUACAUCGUGUCAGGGUAACCAGAAAAAGAUGAUGUUUAUUUUAUUACUUUUUUUUUUAAAGGUAUGAAGCAUUACCCUUUUUUUUUUUACAGACUUAGGCAUGUAAAGCCUGUACAGGUCUGGACAGUCACGGAUAAUAAACUUUUUUUAAGCUGUGAUUGUGACCUGUCUGAUGCCAAUGAAAUGACAUAAUUUCAUUACGGUAAUUCCAAUGAAGCUGGGUCACCUGAUUUAUGUGAACUGAACUUUUUUUUUUUUUUUUUUUUUUUUUUUAAUGCCUGUAAGAUAUUUUUAUACUUUUUAAAAAGCUUUAUUUUAAGGCAUUAACAGAGUGAUUUCAUUGUACUUAGUUUUUGUGAUUGGGACAUGUGGUUCGUUGGUAUGGUCGUAUGUGUUGGCAAGAAGGGUCAUUACUUUGUACUGUCUACCGUCCCACUGAAAGUGAAAUAAAACAGUUGGUAUGAUAUCGCAUUGUGUGGCAUCUGAACAGUG